AUGAACCAUCGAGGAGAAAUUCCGCCGAUGGACGGCGACAGAUUCCAAGGGAAAGGCUUCCCGCCGAGACCACCCAAACCGGGACAGCAAGAGAAGCGAGGACGACAAUCCCGCUCGAAGAAAGAUACUGGGAAACCCGAUGCACCAUCCGAAAAGAGGAACCGUGACGACCACGACGAUCUGCCGCCACCGUCGAAACGACAGGUCAGCAUGAUCAUGGGAUGCCUCCUGGACGGUGACGACUCUAUAUCAGCGAUCAAGGAAUACGAGCAAAAGGCCGUCACGGUAGAGCGCUAUCCAUAUAUCCAUAAAGGAAACCCCACCAUCUUCUUUACGGAUAAGGAUGCGGGCGGACUGGAUACCCCUCAUCUCGACCCACUCGUGGUCACUCUGCAAAUCAACGACUGCGACGUCGCAAAAAUUUUGGCCGACAUCGGGAGCACGGUGAACCUCAUCUUCAAAGAGACACUGGACCGCAUGGGAUUGGAAGAGAGUUCCAUCAAAUCCACAUCCCGUCUCCUCACCGGCUUCACCGCAGAGCACGUCUACAGCUGCGGCACAGUCCGGCUUCCCGUCUUUGUCAGCGGAAUCUCGAAGCUUAUGAAGUUCAUCGUCAUGGACAAGCCGGCCAUCUACAAUGCGAUCCUUGGCACGCCCUGGCUCCACGAAAUGAAGGCCGUCAUCUCGACUUUCCACCAAUGCGUAAAGUUCCCGACACCUUAUGGAAUUUUUACUUUACGUGGGAAUCAAAGAGUGAUGAGAUCAUGCUUCCUUCACAGACGCAAGCUCCGCACCGCGUCAUCUUUCAUGGUGAUCGAGCCCUCAAACCAACCGCCUCGCGAAGAACCCGAGCCAACAUCUGACAAUGAGAUCAACAGGUCCAACACAAUGAGACGCGCUACCAUCGCGCGAGAGGAAAUCCUGCCGAUUCCUCCGAGAAGAGCUGGCGCCGUACCUACCUGGAAAUCCGACUUGAGGUUCAGCGUGAGCACUAAGAAACCCAAGAAGCUCCUCGACCUGUUCGAGAUGGAACAACUAGAAGACGAGCCCUUACGAAGUUACCUCAAUAGAUUCAAGAGCACGCUUGUAAAGCCCCAACCAGGCUUACUUGGCCAAAGUAUCAAGUUGUCUCAUAAAAACCUUUUAAAAACAUUUCCCUUGAGCCAUCGGUCUCGCGCACUAAACUUAACACACCUGCACACACUGAAAAGGGGAAAAAGGAGGGGUGAGUAA